AGAUAGAAUCUGUUUCCCACUUCGCUUUCAGCCAGAGAACGGGUGUAGCCAAAAUUCAUUGCUCUGACCUAUAUAUUAGCAAUGCUUUAGGCUGUAAGAAGCAGCACAUCAUUCAAGUCUGUGUGUGCGCGCGUGCGUAGGUGUGUGGAGGUAAAUGUUGAAGUUGUAAGAUGUGUUCAGUUGACUCUCACGAGUAGUGUACUAGUAAGGGAGGUCAAUUGAGCACAAGAAAUCGUUAACAUGUGAAGUCAACUGGUUACUUUUCUAAUACAUUAGGACACUUAUUAUUCUAUGCUUGUUUGGUUGACUAAUUCGUGAUUUGAAGGAAUUCGUUAGAUUGUCGUGCAUACUUUCCUUGGCCUACCUGGAUCCAAUGGUGUAGUACAGGGUUAGUACAGCAAAGUUUAUGAGUUCAAUGCGGAUUACGUGGUGUGGUAGCUAGUUCUUAUUUCUUGAAACUCAUGGAUCUAAAGAUCUUCCGAUGUUUACUUCUGCGGGUGUGUGCGUUGUGAAAUGAGGUGGACUUCAUUGGCAGUCUCAGUUUGAUACCUUUUGAUUUGAACUUAUCAUCCAGUGGUUGUCAUAGUCCGUGAUUGACAGGUGACAGCGCCCCCCUCUGCACUUCGGGUCAUGGCUGCUAAGUAUACGCCUGCACCUAGAACUGGAGACGACUCCAAACAAAAACCAGUGAGACUUCAGACAUUUUCAGGAGCCAAUGGCCUAGAUGAGGAAGCACAAAGACACACAGAUGAUGAGGGUGAUGUUGAUGGGCAGACUGCUAACAGUACUCAAGAUAAGCCUAAGCUUGAGACAGAUUUGAGGAAUUUGUUUUUUGAUGAUGGCAAACGCCGCAUUGAUUUUAUAUUGGCAUGGACAAUUGAUCACAAAAGACCAGAGACAGCCAGGCAGGCACGUCAAGUAUUUGAAGAAAAUUUAAUAAAGGAAGGACUUGAAUUGGAAUAUGACACACGAGGUAGAGAUGUGAACUUUGUCAAAGUUCAUGCUCCAUUUGAUGUGCUCAAAAGAUAUGCUGACAUCCUGAAGCUUCGUAUGCCGAUGAAAAUGAUAUUAGCGGAGCAGCACAUGAAAGAGAAAUAUUCUGAUUGGGAGGAAGAUGAUUUUGGAUUGAUUGUGAAUCGAACCAGAACCAGCAACAAUAAUGUGGCCAGUAAAACUCCCUUACCUUCUGUUGGUGCAAGGCUAUGGAACAACACUAUCCAGUUGGUCAGAAAGUUCAUGGUGCCCUUCCACUAUGAUGAAACUGUGCUGCCUACAGUCUCCAGAUCUUACUCUUGCCCCUACUCAUCCAGUAGAGAAUACCUAUUUGAAAUUCCUGAAAACAAGGAUGAAUAUUUCAGUAAAGCCAUUAGAAGUUGGAUAGUGGACUAUAUUUUGAGAAGACAGUCUUUUAAUGUUUCAAACAGCAAGACCUUUUCCUUUGGUAUCAAGAAAAUGCUAUCUGAUGGUUUUUAUUCAGCUGCAUACCCAUUACAUGAGGGCCAUUGGAAAGCAGGCUCAGCUAAUAAUGCCAGAAAAGUUUUAUUCGAUCAUUGGGCCAAUUGGACGAAUUGUUUAAAGUUUCAACCAAUUGAUUACAUUAGGUUUUAUUUUGGUGAAAAGAUUGCCUUAUAUUUUGCAUGGCUGGGAUUCUAUACCCUAAUGCUAGUGCCUGCUACAGUUGUUGGACUGGCUGUCUUCUUCUAUGGCCUGGGCAUCAUGUCCACUAAUAUAGCAAGUAAGGAGCUGUGUGAUCCUCACAAUAACAUCACAAUGUGUCCUCUGUGUGAUGCUCGAUGUCCAUAUUGGAAACUUAGUGAUGCCUGUUCUCAUGCCAAAGCCAGUAGAAUUUUUGACAAUGGAGCCACAGUGUUUUUUGCUAUAUUUAUGUCACUUUGGGGAACAUUAUUUUUAGAGUUUUGGAAAAGAAAAGAAGCAACAAUUCAGUACAAAUGGGACUUAACUACUUUUGUUCAGGAGGAGGAACCACCCAGGCCAGAGUAUCUUUCUAAGUUGGAGAAUUGGCAAAUAUUUAAAAUGAACCCAGUGACAGGGAUUCAAGAACCCCACCUACCAUUUUGGAAACGACGUUUUCCUAUUUUCCUAGCAUCAUAUUCCAUUAUGCUGUUUUUGGCUGCUAUUGCUGUGACUGCUGUCAUUGGUGUGAUAGCCUACAGGGUUUCUAUGCUGGCAGCACUGCAGCUGAUACCCCAGCAUGUGUCUAGCAAUAGCACUGUAGUUGCAACCACUGCAGGUCUCAUAUACGAGAAUGCCAGUUUAGUCACCACCGUCACUGCAGCUCUCAUCAACUUGGCUAUCAUCAUCAUACUCAAUGUUAUUUAUGGUCACUUAGCCUUCUGGUUGACAGACUGGGAGUGUCUCCGUACUCAGAGUGAAUAUGACAAUAGUAUUACUAUCAAGUUAUUUGCUCUACAGUUUGUCAACUACUUUUGCUCAAUAUUUUACAUUGCAUUUUUUAAAGGACAAUUUGUUGGAAGACCAGGAAAAUAUCGCACAAUAUUUGGUGGCCGUCAAGAAGAGUGUGAGGCUGGAGGUUGUCUGAUAGAGUUAUGUAUACAGCUGGCCAUUAUCAUGGUGGGCAAGCAGCUCAUACAGAAUAAUUUUAUUGAAAUCGUUGUGCCAAAAUUGAUCAAACUUGUCAAAAGAAAAUGCUCUAAAGAAACUCGUGAGCAAAAAUUGGCCAAAACACCUUGGGAAAAAGAUUAUAUUCUUGCACCUGCUGAAUCUAUGUCUUUAUUUUAUGAAUAUCUAGAGAUGGUUCUGCAGUUUGGAUUCCUAACAAUAUUUUGUGCUGCUUUUCCCUUGGCACCUCUGUUUGCAUUGUUGAAUAAUAUUGUUGAGAUCAGGGUAGACGCCAACAAGUUCACCACACAUCUACGGAGACCUCUGGCAGAAAAGUCAGCAAACAUUGGUAUUUGGUACAGUGUGUUGUAUGGCAUAUCUAGAAUCGCCAUCAUAUCUAAUGCCUUUAUCAUUGCAUUGACAUCAGAGUUCAUCCCUCGCCUUGUGUACACUUCUCGCUAUAGUCCUGAUGAAUCUCUAUCAGGGUACAUCAACUUUACCAUGGCCUACUUCAACACUUCUGACUUUGCACCCAGUGACAGGCCAAAGGAUAUUCAUCUGGGUGUAAUCAGCAUGUGCAGAUACAAAGAUUUCCGAAAUCCUCCUUGGGAGGAUCCAGAAUACAGAAGAUCCACAGCUUUCUGGCAUGUUUUAGCAGCAAGAUUGGCCUUUGUAGUGGUCUUUGAGAAUGUUGUAGUUGUCAUCACAAGUCUAAUAUCCUGGCUGAUCCCUGAUGUACCAACAAUAUUGAAGGAACAGAUUCAUAGAGAGGCUUAUAUCACCAAUGAGAUUGUUCUCAAAACUGAACUGAGGAGAGCCCAAGGUGAGGAUUUAAACAGCUUAGGUGGAGCCCAUCUUUCUGAUGAGAAUCUGAGAUACUCCCCUCAUCAUAGUGAGGACAUUGAGCUGAAGAAAAGAAGUCCUUCAACGGGCAAAAGUAAAAGUGGUUCUCAGAUAUAUAUAUAGAUCAGUGGCGUCAUUAGGGUCUCUAACACCCAGUGCGGAAAGCCCAGGGUGUCACACACACACAAAUUCCCUCCCAACUUUUUUUUUGUUGAACCAUAAUACUCAUGAGCUAAUUGAUUGAUUUUUACACUGGAAAAUGAUUGUCAGAACUGUUUUAAAACUUCAUUGUUUAUAACAUUUUAUCAAUAGUUGUUAUAUAGAUAAAAAAAAGUGCAACAGUACUGAAAUUAGAAACAUUGAGUUGGACAAGUUUUCUUAAUAAAAAUUUGAUAAAGACCUCGUCACAGAAAUGGUUUUAUGUCAUUCUAGUGUUUCUCAACUACUAAAGUAGAUCAUUUACUGAACAGAUUUUCUUCUCGCGAAUCGUCAUCGAGCAAAGCCUAGAAUACCAACAAAGGCUGUUGAUCUGUUUUGGAUUUAAAAAGCUUUUGAUAGCUUCUAUCAAGAAUCACUCUGAAAAGCUCAUCAACAUGGCUGUGAGACAAAGGUGUAUCUUAUCCUAAUUUUUCUUUCUUCUAGCCAUUGACAUCAUAAAGCAAACCUGAAUCAGGGUGCAUUCUUUAUCCCAUGGCUUGAAUCAAACAGACUGACAGACCUGGUUUUUGCAGAUAACAGAGUUACUCAGGAAUACACUUAAAUGUAUGCAACAGCUUCAAUACACACAAAGUUAUGCUUACUGGCUGAUCCUCAUCCAGCAUCCCCUCAACAUUGGUCAUACAGAUCUUGAACAAAUAGAAAAAGUUCAUCUAUUGAGGCAGCAUUAUCACAAGCUAUGGAGAUGCAUAUCACAAUGUUGCAUGUCUGAUAGGUAAAGCAGGAGACGUCUUUCAAAAAGUACCGCCUAUUUGAAUAAAUGAAUCAAUUAGCCUGAAUACCAAGAUCCACCUCCUCCGCACCUUUUUAGAGAAGACCUAAAAUCUGUGGACACCAGCUGGGAAAAAGGCUGUGGAGGUCACCUACCUCUGUGGAGAGAGCUUGUGUCCUAUUUGCCUAAUGGCACGUAAGGGCCUAAAUCAAAGUGUUUCACAAUUUUUUUACAACCAGAAAUGUUAAAUUGCCACAUUGGUUAGAUAAGAGGUUUGAGGGAGUGUUGUACUGCAUUUUUAAGCUUCAAAAACUCUUUCUCCUGGCAUCUACAAUGCAUUAUUUUUCUCAUUUUUGGAAGACUACAGGUCAUAGAACUAAAUUACGUGUAGGGAGGGGUUGAUACUGAACUGUGAGAAACAUUCAAGGCAGUAAAAGCAUAUAAGUUUGUAAUGAGUUUGAUCAUCAUAUUCAGCAAGUCGUCUAGUAGCAGGCAUGUUCAGUUUACGCAAAAGUCAAUGUCAAUACAAGCACAAAAUUUCCUUUCUGGCAGACUCUAAAAUAGCGUUGGUGAAGAUGCAUUCAAAUGCAAAUCAUCAACUUUGUUGCUAACAAAUUUCAAAUAAUUAAAAGUCAUGCUUAAAAGAUGAAACAACGUCACUUCAUUGAAUUUUUUACACUUAUUAUAAUUUCAUUUUUACUUGAUUAACAGGCUUCUUCAAUAUGGAGUAACUCCAAUACAUAUACAGCCGAUGUUUGUCCUUAGAUAAGUCUUUGCCUCUGCCCCAUUUUUUUUUAAUCAGAUAACUUUUUAUAAAAUUGUGGGGAAAAUAAUAAUAUACAACACCCCCCCCCCCCCCCAGUGACGCCACUGAAAUAGAUCACAAUGAUUCUUAAAUAUAGAUAUAGAUCUAAAUCAAGUGGUUUGCAAGUCCUAUAUAUCAAAUGGACUAAACUUGAGUCAGAGAAAGUUGCUGCUGAUUUCAUUUCUGUCAUAAUUUGUGACAUCAUGUGUUAUGAUAUUUUUGGCUGUAAUAUGACUGUAAUAUUUCACCUUUUUUGCCACAUUUUUUUAUAUUGUUGCUUAUUUUGAAGUAGCACAAAAAAAUUUAUGAUUUUAUUUUGUAGAAUUUUUUAAAAGUACAUUUCAAUUGUAAAUUAUAUUUUGUUAACUACGUAGAUCUAAAUAGAACGAACUUUUUUGUUUAUAAAAUCAAUACUGGUACAGUAUUUUGCAAAUAUGCAUGAAAUAAAUGUAAUUAUAAAGUUUCCACUGUAAUUCUUAAGAUCUGAAGCUUAUGGUUUUCUGGGUAUUUUCACUGUCUUACGAUGGCAAUGCCAUUGUUUUAAAUGUAUUGGAAAUUAAGGAAUGUUAAAGCUUAGUGUUUCAAUGUAUUUUGUAACCAAUAUUUCCUACAGAAAGUUCUCAGUAAUUCUACACAAUGAGGAAAUGUUAUGGUGAAACUCAAUAAGCUCUAUAAAAUCAUUUCAUAUCACGUUGUGGUAGUUCGUGUAACCAAAUGAUGCAAAUCCCUCCACUUGUCCCUGUUAGCAGCUGUUCUUAGCAGAAUAUCAAGAGAGAAGUCUGUCCAUUCAUUGACAUUGUCCUUGUCUUUGGACAACCUUGUCUUCAUGUGCUUCCUUCUUACUAUGUGACCAAGCCAGCUCAGCUUCGCAGCAUUGAAUAGUUUCUCCUUUUUGCCAGCCAGCAUGUUAGACUUGAAAGUCAACAUACUCAUUUGUCUUCUUUUCCUUGUAUCUGAUACCCAGCAUUUUUCUGUAGCAUUUACUUUCAAAUGCUUGAAUUCUUCUUUCAGCCUCAGCAUUCAGUGUCCAACAGAGACCACUAGUAAGGAAUACAGUUUUAAUUUUAAUGGGAAGCUGAUGUUACUCUUCCAAAUUUAAAAUUGUUCAGUGUGCUCAUGGCAGUGAAUGCCAGGAUUAAAGUUUUUUUUUAUCUCAUUCAUUGAUCCUCAUUUCUAUGUUUGACUCUAGGUGUUUAAAUGAGUCAACUUCUUCUGUUUGGCCAUUCAACUGUAUGCAUCAUCUUGUACUAUCUCCACCACAUACUAGUAUUUUGCUUUUUUCUGCACUUAUUUCCAUGCCAGCUGCUGCAGAAUCCAGUUUUGAAGUAAGAUAUUGUACCUGCAUUUUCUCCAAUAUUAUCUGAGAUAGGAAAUAGUCCUCCCAUUUCUGGGCAAGCUAGGAGUAAAUCCUUCUAGAGUUUCCAUCAUAAUAUGUUCCAGAAAUAUGUUAAAAAGAGCUGGAAAAAGAAUGCAUUCUUGCUGCACUUCUAUGGUUGUCCUAAAACUUUCUCCGAUUGGGUUGUUCAGAAGUACCGGUACUGAGCUAUUUGCACUUUGGUUUAAGGCUUUGAUAACAUCAAUAAUGUUUUUAUCUAGGUUGAACUUUCUCAUCACUUGCCACAUGCCAAACCCGGUCAAAAUCUUUUUUGAAGUCUAUGAAGUUGUGUACCUGAGAUGAACUCCAAUUGAUGGCAAGGCUGGAAGGAUCAGUCCUCCUGUAGAGCCUUGGCAAGAAACUCUGCUGUUAGGCGUAGUGCCUUUAAGCUCCCAUACAGGUCAAGUGACUGCAGAUAAACUACCCCACAGCUCUUGGAGCUGCGGACACGCUUGCAAGAGACAGACUCUCCACAGUGUCAGCAACCAGCAACAAAAUUUGGCUAGAACCAAACAAAAUAAGCACUAACAGGGCAGUGCCCCGUUCUACACUGUGCAAUGAUAGAUUGUUCCGACCUAUUUAGCCUCCACCAUGGAUCGUCGCAGUCCAGGCGACGCAAAUACUGCCAGACUCCAUGGGCUUUGUUGGAGUCAUCCCAGGAUUUCAACCACUCUCGUAGCUUGGUUAAACGUACUUGGGGCUUGGAAAGUGGGUACGGCCAGAGCUUCAGCUGCCUCGUUACCCCCCCACCCUUCCCCCCACGCUGCAGUUUGAGGGCACCCACUGCAUAAAGAUGACAACUCCAAUAAAUAAGGGGAUGUUAUUUUCGGCGCCUAAUGCCUCUUCUACCAAAGGUGACUUUCCCCCCAAGCCAGCCAUGGCUUGGAGGCAGGAGCUAGAAUCGGUAACCAUUACAACAGAAGUCGCAUAGUGCAGUGAUAAUCGCCGUGAGUUCAGCAUCAAAGCUGACAGCUUGUCUGGAUCGAGGUCUGGGUAACAUAUAAGGGCCCCAUACCCGGCUCUCACAGGGUCCUUAAGCACGGACCCAUCUGUGUAACAAAAGAUUUUGUGUUGCCAUCUUUUGAGUAUGUCCGGGUGUAUGUGUCUUCUAGUGCGUACCCCCCCCCACACUCCGCUAGUGUGAAUUUUAUAGGAGGGCUGGGCAGGCUUCUCCAUGGAGGGCAGGUACUUAUCCUUUGGAUUGGUACCCGGUCGGUGGAGAGUCCAGCUUGCACAGUCAAAUUUGACGCAAUGUGCAUGAAUGUUUUCUGUUGGAUCCUGUUUUCUCUCCACCGACUGACUAGCAAAUGAGUGGGGAGCCCUGGAUCGCCCCUUUCAUAGUGGAAGUUGUGUAAUAGUUUCUUUUGAUGAUUAAGUCAUUUUUCAUUUAACAGUCUCUAUCAAGUAUUGGAUAGGAAAUAUUUGAACUAAUACUUGGAAGCUACAAGUUAGUGAGUCCUGAGUAGUGAAUAGCUUCAAAGUAUUUUGUAUCUGAAAAUUACUGAUAUUUUUGACAGCUUUUUUUUUAAGUACCUGCAUUCUUCAUAGAGAGAGGCAAAUAACAAAAUAUAAAUGAACUUAUUGAAUGUGAUCAUGUGACAAUUUUCAUUUCCCACAUAUACAAGACAUUCAAUCAACAUAGUGAAACCUCUUUUUCUUGACUCCAUAUUUCUAAUGAAGUCAAGGAAACCAGAUAUGUUUGUUGAUGCAAUCCUAUUUCAAUAUAAUGUGAAGAAUUUGAAAGUAUUUUAGUGCAACAUGAGGUGAUGGUAGUUAGUAGUAGGAAUGGAAUAUAGUUCCUAGUUGGUUUUUUUUUUUAGCCAGUUACAGAGUGAACAGAAUGUGGAGCAAUUGAAAACAUAAUUUUAUUUCUUCUUACUAGCCAUUUCAUUUUUUCUUUAAUACACACUUGACCUGAAUUGUUUUGCAGUCUAGAAAUAUUUUCUUCUAUGUGGAGCAAAACAUUGUUUUAUACAAGUAGAAAUACAAAUGGCAAAAUUGAAUUAUGACCUUCUUAAUUAAUAGGUUAAAUAUAUUUAGGAUAGAAAUAAGCUUGUUCAUCUCUUACUGGUGUUGACUUGUCAGCAUUUUCAAGCAAGCUUCUACUGGCGCUGUCCAUUUUCUUACUCAAGCUUUAGAUUGUCUUUGUGCUGACUUGGUCAUUUUUUUAUUUUUUUUUUACAUUUUCUUGUAACUGGUGCUGUGUCUUGAUAUCUUCUCAAUCAACAGGAAGUUCUAUUUCAAAGUACCUAACUGUUUUAAACAAAAAAUGUUUAAUUUUAUCAUACAAAUAUUUUCUCUUUUAUCAAGGUGAUUUGAAUUGUAUAUUGUGUUUAUCUAUAUACAUUUGUUAUUUAUCAAUGUUUACAUACUGAGAGAUUAUAAAUGAAUAAUAAGACAUUUUAAACCAUACAUUUUUUACCAGGAUAGAUUAUGUCUCUAUCUUAUCUGUUAAUAAGUUUGAGCAAUAUUUUGAUAUUUAUUUUUUCUUUUUUUUUGGUAAUUCUUUUUAAAACCACUUUUAUGCACUUUUCAAUUUUUUGAUAUCACACUUUUGUUUUCCUUGUGUUUUACUUUUGGUGGAAUCUCUUCCUAUACCCAGUGCUCUAGCUCCUUGACAUGUACUUUUUAUUGUCACAAUGUCUCUCUAGUCCAAUAGUGAUACAAAUGUUUUAUGUCAUAUAAGCAACUUAAGUUUACAGGUUUCUUUUAGUUGUCUAGUGUGUUUAGCUGUCUAGUGCAGGGGUCGGCAACCUUUUGAGUCGGAAGAGCCAAAAAUUAGAAUUUACAAAAUUUUAAAGCUUUAAAGAGCCACAACAUUUUUUUUCUUACCAACACCAAAUAGCACACACACACUUUACUUUUUAUUCCUUUAUAAAUAGUGUUUUUGCAACAAAUUAGAUUAUAUAUAUAUAUGGCAUUAUUAGAUAAUUAUUUCUAAAUUUAGUAACAACUAAAGCAGUUAAUUAUUUACUUAUAACACUAACAUGUACUUCAAUAUCAAACAAUUUAGCAAACUAAGUCAAUGGGAGCUAUGGCUUUGGUUUUAGAAAGUUUGGACACAUUUCAGUCAUAACUUGUUUUUAGUUUCAAACACGACUCUAAAUUUUCAUUUGUUAAUUGGCUUCUUACUUUACUUUUAAUUAUAUUUAUGCAAGAGAAUGCUUGCUUGCAUGAAUAUGUCGAUUGAGAAAUAGCCCUCCAAAUACCAACUUCUUCACCUGACUGUAGCAAUCUGGAAGACUAUUCAGCUCCAAUUCUUCCAACUUGAAAUCAACUCUAUAAAUUUUUUACUCCACAAAACUUCCCUUUCUAUAUCGAUCAAUGACAUUUCUAGAAAUCCAGUAUCAUUUCUAAAUGGAUCAGUGUGGAUUUUGUUACUAUUUGUGUUGAGAUGGUGUACCAGGAAUGCCAGAAUAGUUUUGUUGGUUAUGAACUGCUCAAAUCUGUCAAGAAAUUCAUCUCAGAUUUUUUUUUAUGCUGAAGUAAUUCGUUUUACAAGCUGCACUGAUUGUAUCAUGAGACUGCUUCAGACAUUAAAAAUGAAGUGACUUACCGCUCUGAAUAUCUUCUGUAAAAGAAUGUUUUUCUUCAAAACAAAACAACUCUUCUACCAAAACAUUGGCUGGGUUUUUACUUUUUAGUUUCCUUGCAGUUUCAGAUUCAGCUCAUUUCAUUUCUUUGUUAUAUCCAACAUAAAGUAGAAUGCUUGCAACCAUUUGUCGUUCUCUAAGUCAGGGUGAUCAAUGCCUUUUUUUUUAAAAUUUAGAAAUGUAUUUAAUUCAUUCAAGCACAAAGAGAAACAUUUCAAUCUAUGGAAAGCCCUCGCACUCUAUUAGACAGAAUGAAAUCGGAAUACUGAGUCUACAUUUCGUUUAAGAAUUCAUUAAACUGACGAUGGUGCUUUUGACAAGAUGCUGUUAAAAAUCUUGAUUACCAAACUUAUAACCUCAACUAUUCCUGAACAAAUGUUUGGACACAACGCGCUUCCUUAUGUAUUAUUCAGUGAAACGUAAGAAUGUUAUGGUUUAUUUCGCUCCAAAGAAGCGUUGUUGCCCCUUUAUUUUUCCCUAUCAUACUUCCGACUCCAUCAGUUGGUAUUGAAAAGAUUUUAUUUAAAUUAACCUUAAUGUUUUCGAGGUAUUUUUGCACGACAUGCGCUACAUCUUCUUCUUUAGUUUGUCAUGAGAGCAGUAGCAAUCCUAGAAGCUCUUCUCUUGGACCUUUGGGAAGACAUAUCUGACAAAAUGGGCAACUUAUGCCGUGUCUUUUAUGUUGUAAGACUCAUCUAAAGCAAGUGAUCAGACAGAAGAAAGUUGAAUUUUCCCACCUGUAAAUAUGUUACAUUUGAAGACAAUUGAGCUAUUCUAUCUUGCACUGUUUUAAUGGAUAGUGGCAAACCUUUGAUUUUUUUUUCAAGAUAUCUGGUUUGUUUUUGAAAUCACUAAACAGUUUCUCAGAUGCACGUAGGAAGCAGUCUUUGACAUACAUAUCAUCUGUAAAUGGUUUGCCUUUUUGUGCAAUUUCUAGUGGUACCACAAAGCUUGCCAUAUUAGCAUUACUUGUACAUUGCUUCUAUCUUCGAGAAGAUAAUCGCUUCCAACUCAUUACUUGAAACAACAAACUUUACGUCUCAGGCCAAAGCGAGUGGUGAAGAUACCAAUUCGUCUUGCGUAGAAAGCAAAUUAAAACCUACAUAGACACAUCUGACGAAGGUCGAGAGCUUCCCGGGGACUGACGAAAGUGACGAGGCGUGUAAGGGGGAGGGGUGUGGUGAAAAGAGAGUACAAGUGGCUGAGAGAUAGAAUCAGUGCUUAAUCUUAGUUAUAAAAAAUAAUUUUUCAAUAAAAUAAAUAAUAUUUGCGUAUGGAACUAAAGAGCCGCAGCUUCACAUCCAAAGAGCCGCAUGUGGCUCGCGAUCCGCAGGUUGCCGACCCCCGGGUCUAGUGUAUAUUUAACCUUGGAUAAAUACUUUAUUUGGAGAAGCUUUAUGUUUAAAAUGUCUAUUUUCUCUGGUGUCUGGUCUAUUUCCCUGGAUUUUACAUUCUCAGGCAUGAAAUGCUCAAAAUUACAUUUAUACUAUAAAAAACUGAAAUAAAAAAUUCAAUUUCAAAUUACUUUCAUACAAACAUGACGCUCAGUCUAACACUUGAAAUAUAUAAAUACUUUUGUUCUUAAUACAUUCAGAGUAUUUAAAGCAUGUUAUGACAAAAAAAAAGUUCACUAUAUAUUAACAUCGUGUAGAUCUAAACCUAACAUUUAGGAUCAUGUAACUUAAGUCAGUGCUUUGACAACAGCAUUAAACAAUGUUUUCAUAAAGGAGUGUGUCUCUAUGCCUAAGAAUUAAAGUCCAAGGGGAUCAAGUGUAAAUGACCACUUUAAAAAAAAAUGUGUGUCUUAGUGAAUUACUUUGUUAUUCAUUUUUACAUCCAUGGCGCUGAUAGACACCAAUUGACCGCAAUCUAAAAAAACAAACGCUAUAUAUAUAAUACAUAUAUAAUUCAAUGAUUAGCUACUAGCACAAAAUACUCGAGAGUUCCUGACAAACAUUUUUUUAGACAAACUUCUAUUUUAUAUACAAGAACAAGGUGAUUUGUAAUUUAUUUUUUUUUAGCUUGCAAAUAAAUGCUUACGUUCUUUUAUUUCUCUCCCCCCCCCCCUUUUUUUUUUCAAACCAAAUUUACCUGGAUCACAAAGUUAAAAAGUAGAUAGAAAAAAAGAGUAAGAGAAAACAUGUUGUGCUAUAAUGGUUGUUUUGUUUUUCCUUUUCAAAUUAUUUUUUGAUUGUUUGUUAAAAAAAAAAAAACAUAGAAUAUUUUUUUAAAAGAUUUUUGCCAAUUAUAUCUAGUGGACAGUGUUAUCUGUAAGAACUCAGGGUCAUCGUGCUUCUAUGUAUAUUUAAGAUAAUUUUAUUGAUUCAAACAAAUGGAAAUUCAGUUUGAAUGCUAUAUAUACAGUAUAAUUAAUUUUAGACAGGGUUAAUGAAGAACUGGAUUUUAACAAAAACUUUUAUUAAAAAACAUAACAUUUAUUGAAAAUAAAAUUUUUAUUGCUGUUUGCAAUCAUUUGCUGGUGGUUGUUUUUAUUUGAAAGUAUACACUUCCUGUUUUAAGAAUUGAGCCAAUGGACAGAAAUAAAAGAUGAUUUAGACAUGAUCUUUCAUGGGGGACAAGAAAUAUAAAAAGAUACAAGUUUAUGAUCAUAACUGCAACUUUUGUUACAAGUUAUGUUUAGUACAAACCACUUGUGCUUCAACAGUACAUUUUUUCCACAAGCAAUUUCUCGACAUCUACAUAAGAUAAAAUCUUGUUUUUCUGCUCACAUGUGUACACAUACCAAGAAUAUUUUCUACACUUUUGUAAUGAUUUUUUUGUUGUUUUAUGAUUAAAGUUUGUAAAACAACCAUGAUUUCUUUUUAUAAAUACUGUACCAUGUUUCUCAUUUGCAAUGCAAUUGUAUAUUACCAUUCUUUGUUUUAUGUUCUGCUGAAAGAUGUCAUUUUAUUUUGCUAAAUAUAAAUAAUGUUAUAAAAUAACAGCCACAAUAGCAUAUUACUAUUCUAUUUAUAGAUGAUUUUUGUCUUUUUUUUUUAGUGUAUUUCUGUUUUGGCUUUGUAAUCUUACCUACCAGUAACAUAUUGUAUUUGAUUCUAUCUGUUCUGCUUUGUUUUGGAUUAGUGUUUACCUCUAUUAAAACAGUGUGCCUUUCAA